GCUAUGGUAUUGGUCAGUAUGAGCGUUGAGGCGGCAGACCGCGAGGCGUUGAGCUGCAGUCGUCCCUGCACCCCGCCGCAGGCCUCCUGGUUUGAGUUUCUGCUGGAUCCAUCGCUACUGGAGCAGCACCUGCAGGGCCCUCAUCCAGACCCGUCUCCUGUUCAGCUCAUCGUUCAGUUUCUGGAGCAAGCCUCCAAACCGUCUGUGAAUGAGCAGAACCAGGUUCAGCCGCCAGCGGACAACCGGAGGAACCGCACACUGAAGCUGAUGGCUCUCAAAGCUGCUGCACACCUGACAUGGGAUUUGAAAGUACUAGAGAAGGGUUUGACCAUCCCUGUGCUUAAUAUGUUACUGAAUGAGCUUCUGUGUGUCAGUCGUGUUCCUCCUGGAGUUAAGCAUGUAGAUCUGGAUUUGUCCACCUUGCCGCCCACCACAGCCAUGGCCGUGCUCGUCUACAACAGAUGGUCAGUGCAUUACGAUUUAGGAGGCAUUUACUUUCAGCAAGGCUGUUCUGACCCUUCAGUGUAUGAGAAAGCCAGAGAACACUUCAGAAUGGCACGAGAACUGCUCACAAAGCUGGAUUCCUCUGCAUCUUUCUGUUGUGUGGAUGAGCAGCGGUUGGCUGGAUACUGGAGCGCCUGUAAAACUCUGACCGGAGCCUCAGACCCCAGCGAGAGCCAGCACACCCCAUACGGCCAGAUCAGCUGCUUCAUGAGGAACCACGAUUAUGGGGCAUUGAUCGAGGCCUUCAUCAGAGACAAUGUUACAUUCAUUCUACCCAACAGCUUCAGACAUUCAAUUCAGCUGGAGCUGUUGCACAAGCUUCAACAAGGGGACAGGGCUCUGGAGGAAGUGUGUCAUAAACUGUGUGUGUGUAACGCAGUGAGAGAUGCACUGGAGGGUGGUGUCCUCAGUGUGUCCUUCCAUCAGCUGCUCCUCAAACCCAGCAAAAACACCAUCAGUUUUCUGCUGGAGGUGUGUGCAAGGUCAAUGGAUAAGGAGCACAGGUCGGAAACAUGCAAGAGGAAAAUGGCUCUUUUUAUCAAGACCGUUUGUAACAGGCUGGAAGAUGUUUCUCUGGCCUUCAUGGUGUCUUCUCACAAACUAUUCAUGGAACUCCUUCAAGAUGAGGAGAAGAAGAUCCUGAUGGAGCAGACGAGGAAGAGCUCAGCCACAGUCAACCUCAGUGCCAAACCUCUGCCCUCAUUCUACGAUAUACCUGCGUCUACCAGUGUGAAUAUCAGUCAGCUUGAACAGCAGCUUAUUCUGUCACUGGAUCCUCGACACAUCCGACAAAUCCUCAUUGAGCUGCAGGGGAUGGCCGAGCGACCCUUCUGGAGGGUUAACAGUAAGUGGGAGGUUCCUGUUGACUAUGUGAACGUCAUACUAGCAAUAAAAGACAACUUGACACGAGACCUAGUGUACAUCCUUAUGGCCAAGGGUCUGCACUGUAUCAGUAUAAAGGAUUUUGCACACGCUUGUCAGCUGUUCACGGCAUGCCUCGAGCUGGUGACAGAGUUUUCUCCUAAGCUGCGUCAAGUCAUGCUCAACGAGCUGCUGUUGAUGGAGGUCAGAGGUCACGAGGCAGGCGCUGCCGAAGGCAACAUGGAGAGACCUCCACCCGACCUGGUCAGCAGGGUCCGCGGAUAUCUGGAGAUGAGGAUACAUGAUCUCCCGCUGCGUCAGAUUGUCGGGGAGGAGUGUGUGGUGUUCAUGCUCAACUGGAGGGAGAACGAGUAUCUGACGCUGCAGGUGCCACAGUCACUGGUCAACAGCAACCCGUAUAUAAAGCUAGGGCAGCUGAUAGCAUCUACCUGUAAGGAGCUGCCAGGACCCAAAGAGAGCAGACGCAUGGCGAAGGAGCUCUGGGAGGUGGUGGUGCAGAUCUGCAGUGUUUCCAGCCAGCACAAGCGCAGCAGUGACGGUCGAGUGAGCCUUCUCAAACUGAGAGAGUCCUCGCUGGGCAUCCUGCCCCGGAGCAAAUUCAUGACUUUUAUGAAAAAACUAUGGGAGCCACUGGUUUUGACAACACUCAUCUCUUUGUUUGUGCGGCUGCACAAUAUUGUACGGGAUGAUAUAGUGAAUGAAGUGACAGCUGAGCAUAUCUCCAUAUGGCCUUCAUCUCUGGCCAAUUUACAGUCGGUGGAUGUUGAAGCCGUGGUCGUCACGUUGAAGGAAUUGGUGAACUAUGCUCUCAGCCUCAACCCCAACAAUCAGUCGUGGCUCUGCACGCAGGCCGACAUUUACUUUGUGAGCAGCCAGUAUUCUGCAGCGAUGCAUUAUUACCUGCAGGCAGGGACCGUGUGCUCCGAUUACUUCACUAAACCUGUUCCUCCUGACGUCUACACCGACCAGGUUCUGAAGAGAAUGAUCAAGUGUUGCUCGCUGUUGAACUGUCACACUCAGGUGGCUGUUCUCUGCCAGUUUCUGAGGGAAGUUGACUACAUGACUGCAUUCAAAGCUCUACAAGAGCAAAACAGUCAUGACUCUAUGGAUUCGUUUUAUGGCUACAUCUGGGACGUUACGAUUCUGGAAUAUCUGACAUACAUUCAUCAUAAACGAGGAGAGGGUGACAAAAGACAAGUUGCGAUCAAGGCCAUCGGACAGACAGAGUUAAACUCCAGUAACCCAGAGGAAGUCCUGCAGCUUGCAGCGCAAAAAAGGAAGAAGAAAUUCCUACAGGCCUUGGCUAAACUCUACUUUUAAAUUAAUUACAAAAGAUUGUUUGUUUCGUUUUUUUAAAUGGGAAA